AUGGCCAUUAUCUGUUGCUGCCCCAGCCGCACCACAACCCACGAGAAGCCAAAAAAAGUCACCUUCGAAUUGGUGCUCAAAUGGGGAGUCUCAUUCGAGGAGUUGCUCAACCACGAAACUGGUCGAAGAGCAUUCACCGCAUUCCUCAAAAGCGAGUACUCCGACGAGAACAUUCUCUUCUGGAUCGCCUGUGAAGAGAUCAAAAGAGAGAGAAACUCGGAAAAGGUCGAGGAAAAGGCUAGGAUUAUCUAUGAAGACUUCGUCUCAAUCCUCUCUUCAAAAGAGGUCUCCCUGGAUGCCACCGUCCGAGAGAAGAUAAAUGAAAACAUGAAAAGUCCAACAAGUGAGACGUUCAACAUCGCCCAAAAGCAAAUCUACACUCUCAUGCAGAGAGACUCCUACCCGAGAUUCAUUGUGUCGCCCAUCUACAGAGAGCUUCGAGACUCGUUUGGCGUCAUCGAGGAAGUGGUGAACAUGUGA